CACGCACUUACCACCACCACCAAUAAUAAUAAUAAUAAUGAAAAACGAAACAAAACAAAACAGCCUUGUACCACUCAUUAUCGAGUAAAGAGCCUUAAUUAAAGCAAUAUAUAAUUGGAGUAACGUUAUCAAAAUUCGAUGGCAGGCGAAAAGUUAAGGAAUACUGAUGUGUCGCUAUUGACAGAUUCGGAUUUAGGAGUGUAAACAAAAUUUCACUUAACGUGCUAAAGAUAAUUGAUAUAACGGGGAUUUAAAUGAUGUCAUCGAACACAUAUAUACAUAUUCCUAUGGACAAUCAAGCUAAAUUUACAGCUUUGUAAUCAAUCAAAUGAGAAAAAGAUUUCGUAUUGAAAGAAAAGUGCUGACGUACUAAUAUUGAAAAAAGAUCUAUAAGACAACGUAAAUUCGAAGGACCCUGUAUACCCGCAGCGACUGCAAAGGAAAUUCCAAAAUUUAACAACAGGAAUGAAGUUGAUUGGAACAAGUUUGGUUCUAUAAAGGACCAGCUGUAGGAAGAACAUCUUUGACACACUUUCAUAUAUAUAUAUAUAUAUAUAAUUUUUUUGUGCGUGUAUUCUUGGCAGAAUCAUGGAUCCUCCAGUUGAAACGCGAUACAGAUCUUUAUGGAAAAGAAUCUCUUCAUAUGCUCUCACCUCAUUUGCCUUCAGCUUUCUGAACUCAAUAUUUCAGUUUUACUAUGUGAAAAUCUUCCUGAACAUUUACCACAUUGAAGAGAGCUGGUUCCACAUAGCUCAGGUUGUCUUUAUGAUAUGGAAUGCCAUCAAUGAUCCAUUGUUUGCUUACAUCCAGGACAUGUCAGGAUAUUCAUUCGUGCGGAGUCGUCGUGAGACUAUCUUGUAUGCAGCACCUUUCCUCUCUUUAGCUUUUCUUAUUCCUUGGUUUCCUUGGUCUUUUGGAACCUGGCUCACUGGUAUCCACCUGAUAAUGUCACUCUGUCUCUAUGACACUGCUUUCACAUAUAUUGGACUUGCACACUGUUGUUUGAGCACAGAGAUGUCUCAUGUUCACAAGGACCGUCUUCAACUGAUACAGUUUGCUGAGCUUGCCUGUCUGUUUGGCGGCACAUCUGUGUUCUUCUGUGAGUACUUUACACAAAGUCUUAAGAACUUUGCCAACUUUCAAAUACUAUGCUUUAUCAUUGCUUGUAUCAGCUGUCUGUGUAUGAGAUACACUGGCAAGAAUGCAUACACUGAAUAUGACAUUGCAAGUUCAGAUAAUUGUUGUGGAGAGAGCAAGAAGUCUUCAGAAUCCAUUACUAUCAUUCUCCGGCAACUCUUUACAAAUCGGAAUUUCAUUACUUUUGUCCUCGUUAAUUUUUUCCAAGUAUUCCACAAGACAUUCAUCUCUAAUUUCAUGGCCAUAUUUAUUGACCAGCUUCUUCCUGAUACAACUAUCUCAACAUUCACUCGAAGCACGUAUUAUGGUGCUAUCAAUCUUCUUCCUCAAAUAUUAGUGAUACUCUGCGCCCCACUUGUUGCCAAAGUUGGGUAUUACUAUGUCACACUUGGUAACUACAUCUUCAAGAUUCUAUUUGGAGUGUUGAUGUGUCUUGUGGGUCCAUCAUAUCCCUUAUUGUUCUUGAUGUUCUUAUUAGCCGACAGUUCCUACACAUGUGCAACUUACUCCUUGAUUAAUAUGCCACUAUCUGAUGUUGCUGAUGAAAAUGCUGCCACUUAUAAACGACCGAAACCAAUUUCAUCCAUGAUCUUUGGAAUGAGUGCACUUAUUGAAAAACCAGCCAUUUCAAUUUCACCCAUGUUUAUUGUCAAUAUUCUCAACUCUUAUGGUUACCAGCAGCUAAAGGAUGGAAAGCUGUCAUUGUCCAAGACCAACAUUUUGAAGUCUACUAUGUUCAAUCUGAUAUACAUCAUCCCAAUUUGUAUGGGUUGUGUCCAGCUGGUCAUCUGGUCGUUGUUCAGGCUAAGGCACACACACAAGAACUCUGGCUUGGGAAAAUCAUGAACUUCACAACUCUGCACUGGUCCUUAUUGAUGAAUUUCAGGUUGUGUGCCUAAUUUAAUCAUCAUCAUCAUUGUCAUCGUCAUUAUGAUGAUCAUCAUUAUCAUCACCAUCACCAUCAUCAUUAUUGUAUAAGGCAGCAAGCUGGCAGAAUUGUUAGAUUGCUGGACAAAAUGCUUUGUGGUAUUUCUUCCAGCAUAUUACAUUCUGAGUUCAAGUUAUGCUGAGGUUGACCAAUUGAGUACAAGGUGUCAAUGUAAUCAAUUAACCUUCUCCCUCAAAAUGUCAGGCCUUGUGCCUAUAGUAGAAAGAAUUAUUAUUUAUCAGUGGCAGAAGCAGUAGAGUGGUGAAUAAAAUACUUUGUCAUACUUAAGUUACAUCUUAUUACAUUCUGAGUUCAAAUUCCACUGGUGUGAAUUUUGCCUUUCAUCUCUGGGGUUCAUAAAAUGAGAACAGUCAAGUAGAGGUUUCAUUUAAAUCUACUACAAUCCUUUCCAUAAUCUGGGCCAUUAUUAUUUUUAGGGCAGUAGAUUGGCUAAAUUAUUAGAGCAUCAAGUAAAAUGGCUUUGUCCCAGCUCUUUGCAUUCUGAUUUCAAAUCCUGCCAAGAUCAACUUUGCCUUUCAUCCUUUUGGAAUCAGUAAAAUAAAGUACCAGCCAUGUACUGGGGUCAAUGUAAUCAACUUGUUCUCUCUCCUUAAAUUGCUGGCCCUGUGCCAAAAUUAGUAAGAUUUAUUGUUGUUGUUGUUGUUAGAGUGUUGGACAAGAGAAUCAGUAGAGACUGGAUAAAAUUUGUUGUGAUUUUUAUUUAUGUAUCUUUACAUUCUGUGUUCCAAUUCCACCCUAGUCAUCUUUUCUUUUCCUCCUUCUUAAGGCCAUUAAAUAAAUAGCUGUGAAAAACAGGAGUUAGUUCAGUCAAAUACACCUAAAUGUAUUGCCUUGUGCUUCUGUUAGAAAACAUAACCAUCAUCAUUGUUAUUAUUAUUUAGUGACAGAAACAGUAAUGUCAAACUAAUUGUCUUUCAGUUUUUAGCUAUGUUUCUCUAUCCUUCUAAAGUUGAUGAAAUAAGGCCAAUUACUGGAGCCAAUAUAAUCAACUAUAUACCUCUCUCUCUUCAAAUACAUGUGCUUAUGUUAAAAAUUCAUGGGGGCUGUGGUUUGGCAUUUGUUUCAUUAUCAAACAAGAUGCAUAAUGAAAUUUAGUUAUAACAUUUUAUAUUCUGAAUUCAAAUCCCACACUUUGAGUGUUAGGUUUGAUAUCACUGACUGAUCAUUCCCCACAAAUAUGUGACUUUGUAUUUAUGACAAAAAAAAAAAAAAACCUUGCAGAAUGGUUAGAUGUCUUGUGGGUAGUAUUUUUUUCAGCUCUUUAUGCUAUGAAUUCAAAUCUCACUGAGGUCAAUUUUGCCUUUCAUCGUUUUGGGAUCAAUAAAAUAAAGUACCAUUUGAAUAGUGGGUCAAUGUAACCUUCCGUUUUCUGCUUCUCAAAAUUGCUGGCCUUGUGCCUUAAUCAGAAACCAUUAUAAUAAUAAUAAUAAUAAUAAUAAUAAUAAUAAUAAUAAUCAUUAUUAUUAUUAUUAUUAUUAUUAUUCAAAAGCUAUUACAUGCAAAUUUAAUUAGUAAGGAUGUUAUCAUAAGAUUCGAUGACAACAGAUCUCCUCAACUCUCAAUAACCUUUCUUUAGAUACCUGCAGAAUACAGGAUAGCACUUUUCUACAGGUCACCAAUAUGUGUCUCAAUUUCUAUUUCUUUCAGCCUUUUAGAUAGCAAUUUGGGUGUUGCACAGAGUGCACUUGUUACCACUGGUAUAAUUUUCACUUUUAUGUUCCACAGUCUCUUCAUCUCUGCGGUUCAAUAAAUAAAUAAUUGUUAUACAGUUGGGUCUCAUUUUAAUCAAUUGUAUCCUUAUUCUCAUAUCUCCUCCUAACAAAUUUUUUAUCUUGUGCCCACGUGUGAAGGUAUUGUUUUGCUUAAGUUGGAGAUUAAUAUUCAUAUCAGCUAGUUGCUGUCUUAGCCCCUUGUUUAUCUUCACUGAACAGACUUAUGAUCAAAGAUGUUCCUCUGCAUAAAUAUUCUGUCUGUUUUUUUUCCUGUUUUUGUCAAGUUAAGUUUAUCAAGGGCUACAUUGUGCUCCCAUUUUUUCAAAUUUUUAUAAAUAAUAAGUCUGAUUUGAAGGUUAUUUGGUUUCUUGUUCUAUUGGGGUGACUGCACACAACUAAAUGACUUUUGAUGAUAUUGGUGAUGGUUAUAAUCUUGUUUAGCUGCAGAUCAUCUCUUAUCAAGCAUGAUGAAAUGUAUAGAUGAUUCAUGAUUUGUAUAGAUACAAGUGGGUAUGACAAAUAAAUUAGGUGGUUUUUGGUUUCAAUUUCCAAGUGAAACUUAUUCUUGAUUUUCAAAAUUACCUUAGCAUAAUAUAUUUAUAUGAAAACUCAUGUCUUUUUGUAAAAAGAUGAAAUGACUAUAUUAUAUUUUUAAUUAUAUAAAUAUAUAGUUAUCGCCAAGCCAACAUGGCAGUCCCAAAAUUAGGACGAAAGCUGCCGUGAAUUAGCUCCAAGAAGCCAUCGCCUCUAGCUAGCUAUGUGACACACGAAACCUGUGUCCUUUAUAACCUUCGAACAGGGGAGGUCAGCUGACCUCCCCUGUUCGAAGGUUAUAAAGGACACAGGUUUCGUGUGUCACAUAGCUAGCUAGAGGCGAUGGCUUCUUGGAGCUAAUUCACGGCAGCUUUCGUCCUAAUUUUGGGACUGCCAUGUUGGCUUGGCGAUAACUAUUAAUUUCCAGUACCGCUGCCGUAGUCUCCUUUAGAGAGACUUAGAAAUAUUAAUAACUCUAUUAUAUAAAUAUAUGUAUAUGUUUAUCUUUUUAUUGAUUUUUAGCUUUGUUUAUUAAAAAACUCAACUGACUGAAAGUUUCUUACAAGUGAAAAAAGAAAUCAUGUUACUACUGCUGGAGAAAUGCAAAUUUUGCAGUGUGCAUGUUUGUGUGAAUGUGUACAGAUGCAUAUACACAUAUGUGCAUGUUCAUGCAUACAUGCAUGUGCUUGCGAAUAUGCAUGUUGUGUGUGUGUGUGUAUGUGUAUAUAUAUAUAUAUAUAUACAUGUAUGUAUGUAUGUAUAUAUAUAUAUAUAUAUAUAUAUAUAUAUAUAUAUAUAUAUAUAUAUAUAUGUGUGUGCAUAAGAAUGUGUGUCUAUGCUUAACUCCCUUGCAUAUUUGUUAUUUUAUUUUUGUUUAUAUAUAUAUAUAUGUGUGUGUGUGUGUGUGUUGUAUGUGUGUGCACCUCUUCUACCCUCAUAUACUGUAUUAGAUGCAACCUCUGUGGUAAACUAUAUGUAGAUCAGAUGGGCUGCUGGCUGGCCGACUGGUUCAGCGAACAACUAAGGGAUGUUUGGCUACGUUCGAACACCCCUGUCACUUCUACUUGGCCAACCAUUCCCCCUCUAUCAACUCCGUCUUUGGCCUCACUCUGCACCACGGAUCCACACACUUGCGACUCCGCCUGGAACAGUGUUAUAUUUUUAAUCUACGAACAACUAUCCCCUUCAGACUAAACACAACCUCCCCCUUCUAAUGACUGUCUCUACAACCUCCUGCAACAAGCAAUUCUAUUUCAUUUUUUGUUUUUUUUAUUGCGCCAUUUUAUAUUGUAUUAACUUCUUCUUUAUCCCCUAUCAACCUCUUUUUUAUUUUAAUUUAUUAUAUUUUAUUUUAUUUCUAUAUACAUGCACACAUUCACACACAGUCAUACAUACACACACACACGAAGAAAUACACGCACCCAUGCACACACACACCACAGACAUGCAACACGUAUACAUGCACAUACACACACAUAUACACACACACAUACGCAUGCACAUACAUGUGCACACACACACACGCACACAUACACACACACCCACGCACACAUCCAUGCACAUAUACCUCACAUACCUCCCGCAUACACACACACAACACGCACACACAUGGCACAUACAUACAUGCGCGCGUACACACAUACAGAAACUCACAUACACACAUAUACACACAUACAUACACAUACACACGCACACACAAUAUAUACAUACACACACACAUACACACACACUCUCACAUACACACAUGCACGUGCACACAUACAUAGACAUACACAUGCGCACACACUCAUACACGCAUGAAUACACACACACGCACACAUACAUAACACUCACAACUCCAUGCACACAUGUAAACAUACCCACAUACACACACACGUACACAUACACACACGCACACACAUACACACGCAUACACUCACACACACACACAUAUACACACAUGCACACACAUACACACACACAAAUGAACCCACACAUACCUCCCACGCACACACAACAUACACUCAUGCAUACAUGUAUACAAUUAUACAUACAUGGACAUACACACACGCAGUAACGCACAUUUGCACCACAGACACAAUCCCCCACACAACCCCACACAUACACACACAUGCAUGCACAUACAGACAGGCACACACUGCACACAAAACAUACACACACACACAACAUAUACAUACAUGCACACACACAUACUUCAAACUACCAGUUAAACACCUUUCUACUGACCAUUCUUCUAUGCACAUGUGAAGGGAGACAUACAAAAGACAGCCACUCCUUCCUAAAAUUCCUACUGUAAAUUCUUCCUAUGACAUUAAUCGACACAAAGUCCACUCACACACACAUACACAUAUAAACAGCCAAAACCACACACACAUACACAUACACACAUACAUGUGCUUUUAUUACGCACACACACACACACACACACACACACACACACACAGACCUGUGCGCACACACAUACUCAUAUCUCCUUCUCUUACACUCUCAUGUCUUAGAAAGAAUUUUUCUUCACCCAUUCCCUUCCAGUCAUUUCAAAAUGUAACCGUGUGUAUAUCAUUGGUGAUUUUCUUUCUCCGUCUUCCCUUCCUUUUGACUUUCCUCUAUUUCUGAAGAAGAGCAAGGCUCGCAACGUUAAAUCCUCUUUCCAUCCUUUCCUGAGCAUCUGAUAAUACAGUACUUUGUUCCACGUCCUCGCGUUAUUGUUUUUUCCUGUUUGUUCUUUGUUUGGAUUCACUAUAUAUAUGAGUGUGUGUGUUUGUGUGUGUGUGUGUGUGUGUGUGUAUAUAUCAUAGCAUGGAAUUAAGAAUUGUCAUCAUAAAAAAGAAAAACUGCUUUGCCUCUAUAUCUUCGCUGCACUGCUGCAAAUAUAUUCAAAAUCAUGUAAUAGGGACAUAUUAUAGGUCUUGAACCUAAUUUUAAUAGCAGCUCUCUAAAUUUUGAAUGUACACAAAUGGGUUAAGGUUUACUACACCUGUUUCAGAUAAAUUUUUUUAUUGAUGAAUUAACUGAUCAUAUCAUGAGAAAAAAACAACAUUUUCUUCGGGUGAAUUAAAAAUCAAAAAUUAAAAAUAUAGAAUUUGGUUUGGAAACAAAACCAAGAUGUGGAAUGUGUAUUGGUCUUCUCAUUUUGGGAACAAAUAAGAGAGUAUAUAAUGGAUAUAUAAUUUCAUAUACAUGUAUAUAUGAGUAUUUGGACAUGUUUGUAUAUGCAUGGAUAUAUGCACGAGUGUCUGUAUAUGGUAUAUACAUGACUAUACUGAUCUCACACCUAACUUGGUGUCCUUAUUAUUAAAAUACCUUGAUUCAAAUGAAACCUACAAAUAAUUAAUAAUAUAUAUGUAUGUGUGUGUAUAAUUAUAUGAAUAUAUAUAUAUAUAUAUAUAUAUAUAUAUGUAUAUGUAUAUGUGUGUG